AUGCAGAAUAUUUAUACAAACAGCAUCGGAGAUGCAGUGACAUCGAUACUCCGUUAUCUGGAGGAUACGAGCAAUAUUGCACACAAGGCCAUCUAUUUUGAUGGCUGGUGUGGGCUGGCUGCUUCGGUGGUGCUUAGAUCAAUAGCUGAGAACCCUCCGUUGUCUCUACUCAAUAAAUUCAACAAGAUCAUCCACAUUGAUUGCUCUAGGUGGAAAAGCCGAAGAGGACUCCAAAGGACAAUCGUUCAAGAACUGAAGCUUCCUCAGUGGGUAAUGGAUGUUAUUGAUAGGCAAGAUGAAGAUGAUGAUUUUAGAGGGGUAGAUGAGAGCUCCAGAGCAGAGAUACAAGUCGUUGGCACAGAGAUACAUCGAGUCAUACAAGAACACAUAUAUUUAGUAGUCUUCCAUAAUGGGAGCGAUGGCACAAUUGACUUGGAUGAUUUUGGCAUUCCUAUAUCACUAUGGGGUACUCGGGUAUUGUGGACAUUUCGAGGAAGGCUUCGGCUCAACUCAAAAAUUAUAGAAAAGGUGGAGAAUUCACAUCUUCAUCUUAAUGACGCAUAUAGGUGUACAUUAUUGUGGAACUACUUACUGCAAAAAGAGGCUACAGAAACCGAUGCGUAUAUCAAAGAUACAUCCACUAAAGUAGUUGAUGAGUGUUACUCGUAUCUAUUGUCACUCAACUCUCAGGGUGGCAACAUCAUGGACUACAACUGGGCCACGCAUGCUUCAAACUAUUGGGUAUGUGAUGGUAUCAUAGAGGAAGAUCAGGUUGACAAAGCUUGGGAGGUUGCAGGUGCUCUGCAUCAACAGAUACAUACAGAGGAUUAUUAUUUUAAUAUAAUACCCUCUUUUGGUGAUGAACUAAAGACUCCCUCGAAACGUUGGAUAUUCGGUAGGAACACGGACAACCUUGUUGUGCAUCAAGAGACAACAUCAUUUUUUCUGGCUGCAGUCACACACAUAUUAAAUCCUUCAAUAACACAUCUACCUAAUGUCAUGUUUCAUCAAUCGAACAAACUUCGUGUGCUCAAAUUAGACCAUUGCACUUUCAGCUUUUCUUCGCCUCCUUUCCAUUGUUGCCGCAGCUUAAGGUUUCUAGGACUGGCGUACUGUAAGGAUAAACGAGAACAAGAAGCUGAAAAGCAAGAUAGGACAACAAUGGAUUUUUUAAAGACGCUAUGGGUGCUAUACAUAUGCAAAACAGACUGGGAAUUGGAUUUAUCACCGGAUAUUAUAGAUCAUAUGGCAGCAAACAUUAGAGAGGUGCAUAUAUAUAGAGGGAGGUUUUGGCACAUCAAUUUUGCAUGGAAAAAACUACAAAACCUUCGCAAGCUUCAAGUAAUUGAGCCUACAUGCCCCUGGGAGACAGGAGAAAAGGAUGAAUUUACAAAUAUGGUGAAGAUGGAGUCCCUCAACCUAUCUGGAAAUUAUACAAUACAAGUUUUGCCCCGUCUGUCAGGAGCAACAAGCGUCAAAACUAUGGUUCUAGAUGAUUGUGUAGGGUUAGAGCAUCUUGAAGGUCUUCCUGUGUCACUUGAAUCAUUCAGCUUAGAUGUAGAACGACAAGUGUAUAAUUACAAGGAGGCUAAAAUAACUCGUAUCUCCUUUACUGGUUGUUCAAGUUUAUCUGACAUCAGGUUGCGGGGGUCAUUACCACACCUUGAGCAGUUGGACCUUUCAGGCACAAAAUUGAAGACCCUUGACCUCAGAGUUGUGCAGAUCCCGUUUCUCCAACGACUCAUGCUGGUGGGAUGUGAGAAACUUCGUGCUGUACUUUGGCCAGUAAAAGGGAUGCCCCAAAUAAGUUUUCUAUGCAUUGAUACUCGAGGAGGAGGAGGAGGAGGAGGAGAGGUCGGAAGGAUAAUACAAGAUUAUGAGAAAUUUAUUAUCAACCUCUGCUUAUCUGCUAGUGGACAAUGGUUCAGCAAAGAGAGGAUGGGCUCUGGAAGCCGUGGUAAAAUAUGCAGGUCACCAUCAUUAAUCCAGCAGCAUUCUCGCAACCCCUACACAAGUAUUGAGCUUGAUGGCAUUACUGUUGAUCAUGACUACACUAGUGCACUGCAGUUUCACCCCUUCGGCUACCAUGUGCAAAUUGGUGAGGGAAUUAGCAACACUAGAUUGGAAAGCCAGCAAGAAAUAGAGGCUAUCAUCUUUGUGAUGAACAAGGCAAAGUCGUUGCAUGUGCACGACAAUUUUUCUAUCACCACUACCAUCCCUGAACACAUGCUCACCGGAGAAGGGAAUAGGCUUACUUGGAAAGAUUUGAAAGAAUGUCAUGUUGCGAGAUGCCCGAAGAUGCACACAGUCUUCAUCACAAACUAUGAUGAAUAUUGCUUUAAUAAAAUAGAGACCUUUCGGGCAGCUGAUCUACAGAUGGUACAUUGCAUUUGGACCAAAGGAAGGAUGAUUAGUCAUAUGGACAAUAAUAUGGACAAUAGAUCGUUUGUGAGAUUGCAGAGCAUACAUUUAUGGUCCUGCCCAAGGCUCACGUUUGCGCUUCCACUAUCGUGGAAUGCUCCACACUCAUAUUUUCCCAACUUAGAAACUCUACACAUCAUCAACUGUGGUGAUAUGAAGGAUGUUUUCCCUGUGGAGCCUAGGUUUCUGGCAAUAAUUUCUACCGGCCACAGAAAAGGAAUACUAGAGUUCCCAAAGUUGAAGUACAUCUACAUGCAUGAGCUCUAUAAGCUGCAACAUAUAUGCGAAGCCAAAAUGUUUGCUCCCAAGCUUGAGAAAGUCAGGCUCAGGGGCUGUUGGGGUGUCAGGCGCCUCCCAUCUGUCGCGCAAGACAGCCACCCCAUUGUGGACUGCGAGAAGGACUGGUGGGAGAAGCUGGAGUGGGAUGGACUGGAGGUCAGGCACGACCCUUCCCUCUUCAAGCCGCGCCACUCGUCGUACUACAAGAACCCCCUGCCCAGAGUCUCGGUGCUUCGAUGA